UUCCGUAUGGGAAGGCCUAGACGAAUACUCUAUAUGCAAGGUCUGCGAACAGCAUAUUUUAUCAUCUAUUUUAACGAUUCUACACACAUCGACGUCACCGUAUAGGUAAAAGAAACGCCCGAAAUAAUUCCAGUGGAGUGGACCUAAAGAUCUGUAUACUGUUUUAUUUUUAAGUAAACGGGUGGGAAUCAGGAAAACUGAAAUUAUGUGUUCGGUCUGUGAUAUGUUACUAAGCAUCAGGUUGGAGUGAUAAGAAAAAUCGUGGAUAAAAUUAUACGGUGUUUAGAAGCACGGCAGCUCGGUUGGACACAGCAGUUAGUCUAAACCAAAGUAGGUCGCCGAAUGCUCUUGUUUUGCCUUGUUUUGGAUUAUAUGUUGGAAUAUUAAUGGCUGAACAAAUAGUGCCGUGGAAUAAUUAAGCGUUUUGUCGAGCCCCUUGAUUAUUGAUAGGGGAACGUAGGCAUAUAACAGGCUGAAGCAUUGCCUUAUUUUAGUGUUAAGUGUGCCAAAAUCAUUAAAGCCUAGACAUGGGGUGCACUCUAAGCGCUGAUGAAAGGUCCGCUAUGGAACGGAGCAAACAAAUUGAAAAGGGAUUAAAAGAAGACGGGAUCCAGGCGGCCAAGGAUAUCAAACUCUUGUUAUUAGGUGCAGGCGAGUCGGGAAAAAGCACAAUUGUGAAACAAAUGAAAAUUAUCCACGAGGGUGGUUUUACAUCGGAGGACAACAAACAAUUCAAGCCCGUGGUCUACAGUAACACUAUACAAUCCUUAGUCGCCAUUAUACGCGCUAUGGGCACGUUAAACAUACCGUUUGGAGCCAAUGACAGAGAGUCGGACGCCAAGAUGGUUCUGGACGUGAUUGCCCGGAUGGAGGACACGGAGCCGUUCUCAGAAGACCUGCUGGCCGCCAUGAAGCAUCUGUGGCAGGACGCUGGUGUCCAGGAGUGCUUCGGUCGCUCCAACGAGUACCAGCUAAAUGAUUCCGCAAAAUAUUUCCUGGACGACCUGGAUCGCCUUGGUGGUAAAGACUACAUGCCUACAGAACAAGAUAUUCUGAGGACUCGAGUGAAGACGACGGGAAUAGUAGAAGUCCAUUUCUCUUUUAAGAACUUAAAUUUUAAAUUAUUCGACGUUGGUGGUCAGCGUUCGGAACGUAAGAAAUGGAUCCACUGUUUCGAGGACGUUACUGCCAUCAUAUUCUGUGUAGCAAUGAGCGAGUAUGAUCAGGUGCUUCACGAGGACGAGACCACCAACCGCAUGCAAGAAAGUCUGAAGUUGUUCGAUUCAAUCUGCAACAACAAGUGGUUCACCGACACCUCCAUCAUUCUGUUCCUUAACAAGAAAGAUCUGUUCGAGGAGAAGAUCAAGAAAUCGUCGCUUACCGUGUGUUUCCCUGAAUAUACUGGUAAAAAUACAUAUGAAGAAGCCGCUGCCUAUAUCCAGGCGCAAUUCGAGGCGAAGAACAAGAGUUCAACGAAAGAAAUUUACUGUCAUCAAACUUGCGCCACAGAUACCAACAACAUUCAGUUCGUAUUUGAUGCGGUCACCGAUGUGAUUAUAGCUAACAAUUUACGCGGAUGUGGCUUGUACUAGAGUUAUGCCCCAUGUUUGAGGGUCUAAAAUAUUGAGUUGAAAUGAUUGCGGUGGUUGCGACUAUGUGUGUUAGGUCAGUUAUGUCGUCUAUAUUUCAUUAUUGAAGCGAUAAGCUGAGGAAAUAAGCUACGGUUUUUCAAGUUAUUCAUUUAUAUAUAUAUAUCAUAUAUAUAUAUAUACCUAUAUAUAUAUAUUUAUGACUUUUGUCACGUCGAUUUUGACAUCUGUGUUGACACUAAAACAUUUAUCUGACCGCAAUUUUCAUUAAGACUUGCUUGUUAAACAUGUGUUUUAACAAACGUCUUUGGUAAUUUCCUACCAUUCACUAGCAUGGCCUUUGGAAUUGGGAACGUUGCGUACCCACGACGUAAGAAUUCAUCACACGAUAGUGUGUGCCGGAACAGACUGUGAAAUCCGUUCUGUUUUCUUUUAUAUAUAUAUAUAUAUUUGGUGGUGUAUUCAAGCUUUUUCGUGACCAACUAUUUACUUGUGAUGUUUUGACCAAGACGGUCUUCGUGAAUGGUGUAUUCGAGUGGACAAAGGGCGUAACUGCUAUGUUACUCUCUGAUUGGAGGUCGACAUAUAUUAGGAGUGUUUCCACCGGAUGAUCUUCCGGGCGAGAAAAAGAUGUUGUCUAUUUAUUAAUCAUUGUUAAUGGCGUGCGUUUUUGCAGCGCGCAUAUGACAUCAAAAUGUAUUGAAUGUGUAUGUGACGUAAUUAACGUAGUGAAGGGU